AAUACACCGCAACCACACCGCGCGGCUCCACCGCAGAAGCCGCCAUCUUCCACCGCCGAACCGAAACGAGACCGCGCGAGUUAAACACCCUAUCCUACCUCCUCGUAGAAGCUGCCCUGCCACCCCGGCGAAGCAACGGCCAGGUGAAGAAUCAUCGUCACCGCGACGCCGACGACGACGACGACUGUCACCCGACGUAGGAAACGUCCCGACGGCUUCCCGCGAUCCUCGCCAAUUUUUUGGAUCGGUAUCGAUGUGCGCGCACCAAGGGAUGCACCGUCGCGAACCGUGAUCGACUCGACGGGCUCGCGUCUCGUCGCCGUUCUUCUCGGGGAUUCUCCACCGUUAUCGAUGAUCUGUGAUUGAUCAAGACUUCGAUCAGUGAGAGCGAAAGAGAGGGAGAGAAAAAGAGAUACACGUGGCAGAUGCCGCGCGCGAAUCUCGACAAAGUUCGGCGAAACUUGGUGCGGUGAACGGUGGCCGCGUACGCGGAACGCGAGCUUCGAAUUGGGACAGAAGGAGCAGGAAAAAGCAAAGGAACGGUGUAAGAUCUUAGUGAAAAUAUGUACCGACGCGAAGAAGACAGUGCGCGAACGUGAUGCUGGCGAUCACGAGGACCGCCCGGUGCGAGAUAGUGUUUUGAACACGCGCGCGACGAGAGGAGUAUGUCAUCGGCGAGUAUGUCUCCGCGAAAGGCCGAUUUGCGGAGCGCAACGAGCGAAUCCGUGUGUUUCGAGCGACCACUGGUGUUCCUUCGUCGUUGAUAAGAAGACGGGCAACAAGACUGCGGCAGGCAGCAAGACUCGAUCAAAGAAUCGGGAAUACGCGGAGGUCAAGGGUCGUCGAGAUUGCCGCCGACGAUUCCAAUAAAACGAAUUUUCUCUGCGAGUUGGCAAUCGAGACGAAGAAGAAUUUGCAAACGGAUGCCCCCGCUGUGUUAGCGGCCCCGCGACAGAAUAAUGAAAUAAGGAUCAAAGGAGAGUAGCUUAGGGUUCGCGGGGGCCGAAGAAGCCGCCGAAACAGAGAGGGAGAGAGAUCGCGCGUGUUCGAGAUCCCGAGGAAAACAAAUUCCCAUUUGGAAGAAGACAGCACGAGGUGCAAUCGUAAUGCGCCCCUCGCCAUCGGCGAGGUCGAUUUGUGAAGUUCUCAGGUUCUCAUCGUCGAGUGGACUCUGCGCGUCGAUCGUUCGUGCGCGUCGAACAUAGCGAUCGAUCAAUGCGCGAGAGUCCCACUUCGUAGGGAACCGCGAAGAAAUCGCGAAAACCGCGAACCGCUCGUGUAUAGUGGAAUGAGGUAAAGAGUGCGAAAAGCCCAACGUGUCAUCGUCGGACCGAGCAUCACAUCGAAACCGAUUGUGCGGAAUUGACUGGAAGCUCGAUCCUCUCGCGGCUCGCGUGGACGGUCGCGUCGUCUAAGCUCCGAGCAACGACAAGACAUAAACAAUUGAGCCGAACUCCUUCGGGAAGCUCGCAGGGGAAGGUGACGUCUUGACGCGCGAAGGUACCGAUGACAACGUUCUCAUGACGAAUCCUUCGCGAGAUGCUCGACCUGAGGAUCGGCCGCCCGGCUUAGACUAUCCCGAUCCUAGGUCAGUGCGCGGCGCUCAUCAGGCGAAUCCGGUGAGCCAAAUAUCCGGGCCUAGAAUACGGAAGGCCCGGGCCUCAACCUCGAAGAGAAGAAUGCACCUGGCCAACGAGGUACCUCCUCAAGGCUCGGUCAGCGGAAAUCACCUGUCCGAUUAUGCGCUCACCGCCGACCUGCUCGCCGAGAGAACGUUAGACGGAUUGCUCGCGGAGCACCCGGGAGAACUUGUCCGCACAGGUUGCCCCCAUGUGGUCUGCACGGUGUUGCCGUCGCACUGGAGAUCGAACAAGACCCUACCGGUAGCCUUCAAGGUGGUAGCCCUCGGCGAGGUGGGAGACGGUACCCUCGUGACAGUGCGCGCCGGGAACGAUGAGAAUUGUUGCGCGGAAUUGCGGAAUUCUACCGCUCUAAUGAAAAACCAGGUCGCCAAAUUCAAUGAUCUCAGGUUCGUCGGCAGGAGCGGCAGAGGGAAGAGCUUCACCCUGACGAUCAUGCUGCAGACGUCGCCGCCGCAGGUGGCCACCUUGUCGAAGGCAAUCAAGGUGACCGUGGACGGCCCUAGGGAACCACGUUCCAAGACAAGACACCAGGCCUUUCAUCCCUUUCACUUCGGACCUCGUCCAUUCCCCUUCGGACACCCGCAGGACCCAUUGGGAUUCAAGCUGUCGGGAUUGCAACACCUGGGUCUGGAGCAAGGUGCGGGCCAGGGUUGGGGCGGGUUACCCCGAGGAUCUCUACCACCGCACUGUCUUCCACCGCCGCCCGGCCACCAUCCGCACACACACCCACAGCCGGUUGGUGCGUCGGCUUUCAAUCCCUUCCACCACGCCAUCGAACAAAGAUCCCCGAGGCUGCCCGGACCUAAUACCGAAUCCACGAGGAGCGACCUGGGCCCCAUCAGUGUGUCGGUGCGGGAAGUAACGCCGACAACGUCACCCGGUAACCCCGGCCCGGGCUUGCUGACGACGGCCUCCGUGACGGCGCCGACGCCUCCCGCCGAGUCGACCACCACUACUACCACGACGCCUAGCCCGUCUGGACAUCACUCACACUUUCAAGGUCUUCAUCUAUUGGGCGCCACGGGAUCCAUCUUCGGGUCGAUAUUCGCGCCGUUGUUGCCGCAGUCCUCGUGGCUCUACAAUCCCUUGUACCACACGCAACAAUAUAUUUUGGAACCGGAAUGGCAUGCUUUGGCUUUGAGAAUGGCGCAACAACGACUGCAGAGGCCGGAUCAGGCCCGUCUGGAGGAACUCAGGAAGCUCAGAAGCAGUAGCGACAGUCCUGAAAGCAGUACGAAGGACGAAGAACGGAGAGGAGACGAACAAGGGAUCUCGCGCCGGUCCGGAUUGGACAGUCCGGAUGACAGCAUCGAAGUGGACGACAGAAACGAUCAAGAUCUGAAUAGAGACCGCAUCAGGAGCGAUGAAUCCCUCCCCGAACAAGAUUCCCCGAGAAUCUCGCCGAUUAGAAGCGACCUGGAAGACGCCGCGUCCACGGACGCCACUUUUCAGGAGUCGUCGAUUCGUUUACGACCGAGCAUAGAAAAUCUAAACGACUCGGAACUACAAAUCGAUCAGGAUCAGAUAGCCCGUCGCGGCGAUCUAACCGUGAAAAUUCGCCUGGAGGGCACAGUGGAUCUUAGUACGAAGAAGGGCCAGGACAAAGAAAAUAUCGGUCAAGAUCUGACGACGCGAAGGAAGGACGAAGGGAUAGACGUGGAGAGAGAAGCCGUUAGAACGCGAAGAGAGAGAAGUCCGAAGCCUAGGCACGUGUGGAGACCUUAUUAAGAAUUAGACGCGGAGCGAAAGAGCGCGUUCGCGCGUCUCUGCGCGAUAUCCUUCGAGCCUGGCAAUUUUCACGAACUCGACGAUCGAGAAACGAGGAAGAGAAAAGGAGUCGUUGGCUCGUCGCGAGACCGCAGGUCGAGCUUACUUCAAAUCUAGACAAAUCUCACGGCGCGCGGUCUUCCCUCGUCCGCAAAAGAAUGACCUUCGCUGAGAACGCAGCGAACGUUGAUUAAUCUUAUCUCGAUGAACCAAGACUAAUCCCACAGACAGGGCUUGCACGAUGUUACAGAGAUUAGUUUAGCAACGCUAAGCGAUAUAUCAUCAUCGUUAAGUUGUCGAGGGACAGACGGGAUACGUCCAGUCGGACGUUCGGGCGUCGCGCGGCGAUUGAAUCCUCCGCUUGGAAAAUUAAUCGUCAAGUUUUCGCGCCAACCUUUUUGUCGGAGUUUUACCUGUAUAUCACUCGCCCGUCGCGGUGUCGUUUCUAAGAACUGUCAUGGACUCGAGGACUAACCAGGGUUUACGUUCGCAUAUAGUAUGUAAAUAUAUAAUAAUGUCCGAUUAAUUAUCUAGGUUAAUAAUGUUGCAAGUACGCGUUAAGCAUUACCCCCCUCUUGUCAUUCUGGUUAAGAAUACUCAAGGAAUCUCCUAAACGUCUCAUCAACCACACGAGCCUGUCGCUGUCGCGGAACGACACGCCAUCUUACAAUCCUGAAGAAUAAGUUUCUUUGAUCAGGAUGCGAUUCCGAAUUCACUCUUCCCGAUCGUCGCCUUGAAACAAAGCGCUUUGACGACGAGGAAACCUCAGAAAAGGACACGUAAAAAGAUACUCGUGUGGUAGGUCAACGUUUAGUUCCCCGAUACAAGCGAAAAUUCUGAGUAGCUCGCGUUGUAAAUAUUACCACCCUAAGGACUUCGAAUCCCGGCCGAGUCACCCCGUCGAGCCGUUGUCUCCUUUUCACGAGGCAAUGCCGUUGUCGUUCAAGGCGACGCGAUAUCGAUAUAUACAUAUAAUCGUGGGAAAAAAUUUCAUUGUAUAAUUAUCGUUCGUGAGCUCCACGAGUCGUGCUCGACAACGUUGUAUGUACGCGUGACUGGCCUUAAUCAAAAUCAUUCAUUGUUUAAGUACAUCAUCAAAUAAAGUAAU